GCAAGGUCUCAAUUUUAGUAGCAGCGAAAGAAAUUUAGCCCAACACAAAGUCCGCCCGGUGAGAGGCCGUGAGGCCCAAAAUCCUCUCCUCCUCGCGUUUAAAUGAGGCCCACACUUCCGUGGACGUCGUCUGCAGACAUGAUCCAAUCAGAUCCGUCAAUUGCCCGCCUGCGGCGAAUCCAGAUCACCACCGACCAGAACCGGAUACGGAGCCGGUCCACCACGUGCACGGCGACACGAGUCCCCCACCGCUCACGCUACUAGUCCAAUGGUCCGCCGCCUUCGCUCCGCGCCAUGUACCCGCCUGCGCGAAUCCCGGCGUGCGCCAGGUCGAUGGACCCCAAAGCCCACAUCACCAGACACGUGGCACAUCCCCGCCUCCUCGCACCGCGGAGCACAUGGACCUGGUCCAGCCGGGAACCGCGUAACCCCCUCCGCCUCUCCCCUCCUUCCACCGAUGAAGGGAAAGCAAGAAGCUUCUUUUCCCCUCCCUCGGGAAAAAGCAUCAAAAUUCUCCGCUAAAAUUUUUUUUCCCUCUUUGAGGGAAAAAAAGGAAUUAGAUUCGGAGCAAUCCGCCAUUCGCGCACUCCUCGAUCGACAGUUGGGUUAAUGCCAUAGUGAGGGCUUUGGAGUUGGAAUUUCCCCCGGAGGAAUCGGACUCGGAGGAAGGUUUGGGGCUUGGGAGGAAGGGAAUGUCGGCGCCCAUCGAUCGGUUCGCGACGACAAGAGAUGAAGGUCAUGCAUGCAGCGAUGAAAAGAGAGAGUGCAAUUCUGAUGAAGAAAACUCAGAAGGAGAAAGGAGGGUCAAAAGGGGCUCUUUCAAGAAGAGAGCUAUUACUGCAGGGUAUAAAUUUAGGCAUUCCUUAAGGAGGAAGAGUAGAACGAAGAGUGGCAACCAUGUAGUCUCCAUUGAAGACAUCAGAGAUGUUCAAGAGCUGGAGACUGUUGAAAGGUUCCGCCGGUGUUUACUUGAUGAGGGCUUGUUGCCAGAACGUCAUGAUGAUUAUCAUACGAUGUUGAGGUUCCUGAAAGCAAGGAAAUUUAAUAUUGAGAAAGCAAAGCAUAUGUGGUCAGAAAUGCUUAGAUGGAGGGAGGAAUUUGGGGCCGACAAUAUAGAGGAAUUUGAUUACAGUGAAUUACAUGAAGUUGUGAAAUACUAUCCACAAUUUUAUCAUGGUGUGGACAAAGAGGGAAGGCCUGUUUACAUAGAACUAAUUGGAAAAGUUGAUACCAACAAACUGGUACAAAUCACAACUAUUGACCGAUAUGUAAAAUAUCAUGUCAAGGAGUUUGAGAGAUGUCUUCAGAUGAGGUUUCCAGCUUGCUCUAUUGCUGCGAAAAAGCAUAUAGACUCGUCCACUACUAUCUUGGAUGUGCAAGGAGUGGGCCUAAAGAACUUCUCAAAAGAUGCAAGGGAGCUAAUAAUGCGAUUACAGAAGAUUAACAAUGACAACUAUCCAGAGACCUUAUACCAACUGUACAUCAUAAAUGCUGGCCAAGGUUUCAAGAUGUUAUGGGGUACAAUAAAAUCAUUUCUUGAUCCAGAGACUGCUUCAAAAAUCCAUGUCCUUGGAAGCAAGUACCAAGCUAAAUUACUUGAAAUAGUUGAUAGCAGCGAACUCCCAGAUUUUCUUGGUGGCAAGUGCAGGUGUGAAGAACACGGAGGUUGUUCGAAAUCAGAUAAAGGCCCUUGGAAGGACCCUGAAAUUAUCAAGAGGGUCCUCAAUGGUGAAGCAAAUUAUGGUCGGCGAGUUCUUGCUGUAUCAAGCAUCAAUCAGAAGGAAGUUGGCUGUACUGAGCCUCAACACACAACUGGAAAGGGCAAUGAUGUGUCUGCCGAAUCUAGUUCUGAGGUGGAAGACGUUUCUUCUCCUACUGCUUCAGUGAACCCCAUCAUAAUCCCUAAUUUGACCCAUGUUCACGAGUCAAAAUUUCCAGGACAUGCUUCCACAUCUGAUGCUCCUCCCAUUGUAGAGGAUAACAUCCCUGUUGUCAACAAGGUUGUGGAUGCAUGCUCUGAUCCAAGAAACAGCUCCAUGGCUUCCACCUCAGGUUCUUUCUCCUUGAGAAAUACACCUGCAACACUGGGAGGACUUAAAACUCAAAUUGUUGCGUGGUUGACAGUCUUAAUCGUGAGCCUUUUGGCAUUCCUUCGUUCUGUCCCGACCAUAAUGACUAAAAGGCUCACAAAUCAGGUCAUUACCUGUGAUCACUAUAGUGCCGAGUACCCUCCUCAAGGAAAUACAGGAAAUGGUACCCUUACAUCUGUUUUAAGACGGCUAGGUGAAUUGGAGGAGAAGGUACAGACACUUGAAGUAAAGCCACACCAAGUGCCAUUUGAGGAGGAAUUGCUAAACGCAGCCAUCCGCCGUGUGGAUGCAUUAGAAGCUGAGCUAAUUUCUAUGAAAAAGGCCCUUUAUGAGGCUUUGAUUCGGCAGGAUGAGCUGCUUGCCUAUAUUGACCGGCAGCAGCAAGUCAAGUUUUGCAGAAAGAAGAAGUGCUUCUAAGUACUGGAGCACCUGCCGCCACCUUUUCCCCUUCUCUUCCGAGAUGGCGUGCUGCUACUGUUGAUCCAGAAUACUUACAAAUGUUUUCAUUUUUCCUUGUAAAAUAUUGUAAUUAUUAGAAAUAGAUAGGAAUGAGACAUUGAGUAGCUGGGCCAGCCACAACUUCUUGUGAGAUCUUGUUUCAGCAGGAAAGGAAAAGAAAGUUUGAGAUCUUGUUUGCACGUUCAA